CGGGGCGCGGUUCGGUCCGGCUGGGCUCGGCUUCUCUCGGCUGGGCUCGGCUGGCGCGCGGCGCGGCCGUUACCGCCGCCUAGUCAGUGUCAUCUUCACAGUCUCUUCCUCUGGUGAGCAGCCUCUGCUGACAGUGACAGACAGGAAGAGUGGAUAUUCCCUUGAAAAGACCACAAGUUUGAUCUCAAAUCCUGCACAUCUACAAUCUUGAGAAUUAGCAAGACACAAUUGGUCAGGUUCUACACCUACACAGAAGCAAACUUGCCUUGGUGGCCCCAGCGGUGGUGUUAGCCAUGAAGUUGUGCUUCAGAUACAGUGUCUGUCCAGUUUUGCCUUUGCAGUGAUUCGGUUUAGAAGUGGCACAUUGAAGCUGUUUAUUAGCACAGAAAUUUAGGUUGGAAAGGACCUCUGGUGGUCGUCUGGUCCAACCUCCUGGUCAAAGCAUGUUCAACUAGAGCAGGUGUGUAUUUAUUUAGGUGCAAGAUGUCUGCCCUGAGGCUGAUUUCCAACAGAACCUCCCAGCAGGCCUUGUCUGACUCUGAUUACACCUGGGAGUACGAGUACUAUGAGUAUGGACCGGUGUCGUUUGAAGGCCUGAAGGCUCAUAAAUAUUCGAUUGUGAUUGGAUUUUGGGUUGGUCUUGUGGUUUUUGUCAUCUUCAUGUUUUUUGUCCUGACCCUGCUGACGAAGACGGGAGCACCACAUCAAGACAACGCAGAGCCCUCCGAAAAAAGAUUUCGCAUGAAUAGUUUUGUGGCAGAUUUUGGAAGACCCCUGGAGUCAGAGAGGGUCUUUUCUCGGCAAAUAGCUGAAGAAUCCCGCUCCCUUUUCCAUUUCUGCAUAAAUGAAGUGGAACAUUUGGACAAAACAAAACAAAAUCAGAAAGGUCCAGGUCUGGAGACUAAUAUCCACUUCCAGGAAGUUCCUAGGAGCAGUGGGAUGUUUGAGGAGGACCUCAGUUGUCACACCAAAUUUAACAUCCCGAACUUUGUGAACACGGAGCAGAACUCUUCGCUGGGUGAGGACAAUCUCCUCAUCUCCGAGCCACCCAUCAUUUUGGAAAGCAAAUCGGUGGCGCAGUCUUCCCACCGCGUCCUUGACUGAAAAGGCUUUGGUUUGAAGGGAGAUGUUCCCGUUGUUGUGUGGUUUAAGGCCUUUUGUGACCUUCUGGUAUUUUGAUGGAAGCUAUUUCAGACCUCUGCUUUUUAUUGUCCAUAAGACUGGUUGUGCUGACAGAACUUAGAUGGAAAUAAAACACUUGAGUGCA